UAGGACCAUCAAGUUCUGCUAACUGGAUCUCACUCUGACUUCAGGAUCACUUUGCAAGGCUUUCACUCUUCCCCGCCUUACCUGGGGGUAAAUUUCCUCUGAGGAAUUUCAGAAAAUCAAAUUUCAUCCUAAGAAUAUUUUAACAAGAAUUUCCUUAGGAGCUGUGCUGGGGUUCGAUGAUGAUAUACCAACCACUUGUGCUGUCACCGGUCAAAACUUUGGAUGGCCCUACUUUCAGGUCAUGACCCCUGGAUUUAAAGAAAUCCUUCAAGACAAUGUCAAAUAUGACCCAAGAGAAAAUGUGAUUUGAGUAUGGAGACACUUGUGCAUUAAGAACCCAGGAUAGCUGAUAGAAGAAAAACGAUAUUCAGAAAUUGCUGUGAUUAAAAAGAAAAGCUGCUUCUAGUUCGAUUUUUAUUAUAUAGCAUAUUUCAUUUUGUCUUUAAUGAUGGAGAAAAAGCGUAUCCUGUAUUUUCUGUUGCUCUUGCAUUUUUUUAUGAUUCUUGUCACAGCAGCAGAAAGGGAAAGUGAGAGCCCUGAUGACUCAAUUCAGUUAGGGGUUACUAGAUAUAAAAUUAUGACAGCGCAGUAUGAAUGUUACCAAAAAAUUAUGCAAGAUCCUAUUCAACAAACAGAAGGCGUUUACUGCAACAGAACCUGGGAUGGAUGGCUGUGCUGGAAUGAUGUUGCGGCAGGAACGGAAUCAAUGCAGCUCUGCCCUGAUUACUUUCAGGACUUCGAUCCUUCAGAAAAAGUUACAAAGAUCUGUGACCGAGAUGGAAACUGGUUUAGACAUCCAGCAAGCAACAGAACAUGGACAAAUUAUACUCAGUGCAAUGUUAACACACAUGAGAAAGUGAAGACUGCACUGAAUUUGUUUUACCUGACUAUAAUCGGACACGGAUUAUCUAUUGCAUCACUUCUUAUUUCACUGGGCAUAUUUUUUUAUUUCAAGAGCCUAAGUUGCCAAAGGAUUACCUUGCACAAAAAUCUGUUUUUCUCUUUCAUUUGUAACUCUAUUGUAACAAUCAUUCAUCUCACUGCCGUGGCCAACAACCAGGCCUUAGUAGCCACAAAUCCUGUAAGUUGCAAAGUGUCCCAGUUCAUUCAUCUUUACCUGAUGGGCUGCAAUUACUUUUGGAUGCUUUGUGAGGGCAUUUACCUACACACUCUCAUCGUGGUGGCUGUGUUUGCAGAGAAGCAACACUUGAUGUGGUAUUAUUUUCUUGGCUGGGGAUUUCCACUGAUUCCUGCUUGUAUACAUGCCAUUGCCAGAAGCUUAUAUUACAAUGACAAUUGCUGGAUCAGUUCUGAUACCCAUCUCCUCUACAUUAUUCAUGGCCCAAUUUGUGCUGCCUUGCUGGUGAAUCUUUUUUUCCUGCUAAAUAUAGUACGCGUUCUUAUCACCAAGUUAAAAGUUACACACCAGGCAGAAUCCAAUCUCUACAUGAAAGCUGUGAGAGCUACUCUUAUCCUGGUGCCACUGCUUGGCAUUGAAUUUGUGCUCAUUCCAUGGCGACCUGAAGGAAGGAUUGCAGAGGAGGUAUAUGACUACAUCAUGCACAUCCUUAUGCACUAUCAGGGUCUUUUGGUCUCCACAAUUUUCUGCUUCUUUAAUGGAGAGGUUCAAGCAAUUCUGAGAAGAAACUGGAAUCAGUACAAAAUCCAAUUUGGAAACAGCUUUUCUCAAACAGAUGCUCUCCGUAGUGCAUCUUACACAGUGUCAACAAUCAGUGAUGUUCCAGGUUAUAGUCAUGACUGUCCUAGUGAAAACUUAAAUGGAAAAAGCUUCCAUGAUAUUGAAAAUAUUGUCUUAAAAUCAGAAAAGCUGUAUGAUUGAAAAUAAAGGAAUCAUUGUCUGUUUCGUGCCACUCUAACUAAAGGACUUGGAUCCAUGACUUUAUGGCCAGAAGACGUUAAUAUUAAUGAGUUUCUUGAUGCUAUAAAGAAAACCUUCACAUGAAAUCAGCAACGUGUUGAUAAAUGUUUAACAACCAGUUCUCCAGGGGAAAAAAGCUCUGAUUUGUCAUGUUUGCCAGUAAAUACUCCCACCCUGGCUGAUUUCAAGCUACCAACCUGACAUCACUGAAUGUGGAACUGGAAAAAAGAUAAGCACAAUCAACGCCUGUGAGCUGGUGUGAGCCAGAUCAAGCAUGCCCCUGCAUGAAUGCACAAAUGACUGUGAAAGUCCAUAUACACAUUGGGCAUGAUUCUACUCUUGUUGCCUCAAGAGACCUAGCUAAGGUCUGUAGACAUGGAAGGAAAUUAACUUUUUGUUUGUUUUUUAAAUCUCUGACCCAUCUUCAUGGGUGUUUUUUUUUUUUUCCCAGAAACUACUCUAGCCCCUUUUGUAAUUACCCUCUCAGGUGAACCCUACAAAGAGUUAACUAUCCCUGUGGCUUACCUUCUUUUCUCUAAGAAAAACAAUGGAGCAGAAUUGCUACUAGCUACUCAUUUGCUCAUAUGUCACAGUUAUAUCCUGUGACAUAUUUGUUUUUGUGAGCUGGUGAACAGAAUGUGUGAUACACAAUCCUCCUUCUGUAUCCUUAGGGAGACCAACUUGGUUGAUGCUACAAAACACCUUACUAGCUCCUUGCCUGUCUUACUACACAAGUGGGAGGGAAUUGGUUUCUCUGUUAUCUGUAAAUACAAACUUUGCCCCUUCCAUUUCUACAGUGUAGACAAGUUAGAAAUCAUUUUACGUGAAGGAUAUCAAUGAAGGGUUUCUUAUUUUCUUGGAAGUUUGUAAAAAAAAAUUGCAAAAAAUAAGCUUGUAAAUAGGUAAAUUUUUUAAAGCAAAUACAUAAUGCAUGUGAGUAUCUGAUACUGUGUCUGGGCUGAUUUUAUAAUAAAAUAGAGUCUGGAAUUCUAUAUUUGGUAAAUAUUUUAAAGACAACCAGAUGCCAGCAUCAGAAUUUUGAGAACUAAAGGAACAGAAAUGUCUGUGAUAAGAUAUAAAAUAUUUAUUUUUAAAACACAAGGCCAUUAUUUUAUUGAAUAUAUUAGCUGUAGUGACCCAUACCUUAAUAAUAGGUGUGCUUGACAUAUUUCUUCAUUUCAUUUGACAAUGAACUUGCAUUCUAAUCCAGAAAUUAUAAACUACUGUAAUAAAUGCCAGUCUGCUACUCUUAUGGAUUUUACCCCAUUAAAAUAUUUCUUUACUGACUUCUACUAGAUGAAGAUACUGGCUUUGGAAAUAUCCCAGAUUAUUAAAGAAAAAUAAACUAGAAGAAUACAAUAUAUAUCAAUGUUUUAAUAUUUUAAUGGAGCUACUAUAUAUGAUAACAAACCAGUGAAAGACUUGAAUAUAUUAUUGAGGAAGAAUUGUUGUCAGACAGACGUUUGUGGAAUCAUUAAAUUAAGAUGGAAGAAAGCCUUUAAAGUGACUUCUCAAUAGGAUCCAGUUUUCCAAAUGUUAUUUUCCACUGAAAUCACUGGAGAAUAAGAAUGUUCAAUUAGUAAAAAUCAAUGUUGGAAGAAGUCAUUAUGUGCAUGUGUUUUUGAAGUGUGUCAAUCUGCUUAAAAUGGAUUAAACUAAUGAUUUAGUCAUCAUAAAUUGUUUCUUUAGCCGUCAAUAGGUGGUGAGUUCAGAAGCCAUUUGAAAUUGCCAAGGAAAAUUAUUUAAAUUAGUAAUAAUUAACAUAUUAAAUGGUCUGGUCAAUACAUUAAUAAUUUAUAGUUUAUCUAUACAUGUAGAGGUGUUAUUAAGUUACGUUCAAAUUUAUGGAUUUCAUAGGAAGCUGUUGUGAAAAGGAAUGCAGGCUGUUCUGGACUUCCAACUGCAUAAAUUAUAUGAAAAUUCCUUCUAAUAAACUCAAUUGUUAGCUAUUUAUUAUUCAAAGAUGCAGAUUCAAAUCAUCUGCUGACAGUGUUCACAUAUUUCAGCAUCCUUCUAGCCAAACUGUCAAGUCUGAACCAUAAAUGACAGUAGUAAAUGUUGAAUUAUCAGAGAACAUUUUAUACUAAAAUGAUAUUUUAAUUUUCAAGUUUUUUUUAUUGAGCUUCUAUCCUAUUAUAUUUAGAUCAGAUUUCUUUUAUUGAAAGGGCUCAUCUACUGUACAGCCUUCAGGUUUGUGAUUAAUCAGAAUUAGUUUUGUACCCAUAUAUUUUUAGUAGUAAAAUUUUUAAAUGUUAGACUUCUCUAAAGCUGAAACACUAAUUAAGAUCUUUGUACCUUAUUCACAAAGAAAAGUAAAUCUGAUACUUUUUAAAAGCUAACUUCUUUGGUGUCUAAAAACUAAUUUGGGAAAUUUCUAGCUUUUAAAAUAUACAACUGUCAUUUUUCAGCAAUCACUUGUGAAAGUCACAUUUUAAUUUUCUAAAAAUUCUAAUAUGUCAUUUUUUUCCAAGUUAUUUUCCAGUGCAUUUAUUCAUAAAAUGUUCAUUCUGGAAUUUACUGUUUCUUCAAACGUAAUCCAAUGUACAUAGAAUUAGUGAUAGCUGUAGUGCUGUAUUUAUUGCUUGUAAUUUUUUUUAAUGUGAACUUAUUUUAGUUUUCUUUUGGUUUUAAUCUGGUAAUAGAAACCACCAUUUAUCUGUAAAACAUAUUCAAGAUAUUUUGAUCAAUUAAAACAACUCAUGUUAUGCCUUCUUAAUGUGUAUCUCUAUUUUUUCCUUGUAUGAACACAUUAAAGUUAUGAGUUAAAGUUGA